AUGUCCAGUGUCAUCAUCUAUGCCACCGCUUUCGGCAUUCUCAUCUAUGCAGGCAUGAUCGUCCUGUCAGUGUGGCGUCCGGAUAGUCCUUUCCAGACACCAGGGUCGCAGCAAAUUGCAGCCAUCUGCAAAAAAAUCCUUCCAGUCAGAUCGACUGUGACUCCUAGCAUAGUCGGUAAAUUGUCCGCGAUACGCUGGAUACUAGAGAUAUCAACGACCCUGGAAGCUAUUGAGGCUGCGGCUGCAAUGAUACUUCUCGUGCAAUGGUCGCGGAACAUUGAUGCCUCAGCAGCAUAUGCCCAUUUACGUGAUCAUUUCGUGGCAUGUCGUGACGAGGAGGAGCUAUAUGUGAAGUAUGGCAAGGGUAUGGCCUAUCUUUGCAGCCAGUCAACGACAAUCAACCCAGAACUUCUUCAGAAGUUUGAUUGGGAUUGCUGGGGAGGGAGGAGUCGUUUCAUUCGCGACGCAUUCAUGGCUGGCCGUGACGCCUACCAUCGGUUUCAGAAUCCACAGCAAAUUGAAGCUCCACGGAAACAUCGGGCCGAUGCACGCACCGCUCUGAGAACGAUGGUUGUCCACGGUCUGGACACUCGUCUUUCACUUCCGGACGAUGAACAAUUGAUCUGGAAUGGUGAUAUUCGAUGGCGCCACCGUGACGGGAAUGAGCCCGAUUGUGAAGAAUUUGACUGGCUCAUCGAUUAUCUAGCGGACGAAGCAGAGAAUGACCUGGACGAUGAAACAGAAGGUGAUGCCAUACUUGCACUGAGCGCCAUGGAGGGACUAGGGAGUCCUGCCAAGCGAUCUUCCUACAUCAGCUCGCUUAUUCGUUGUAUGGCCCCUACCAGACCUUCCCGAGUCCGGUAUGCCGCGCUGAGAGCUGUUUUUGAUGCUCGAGGAGAACUAGUUCCGAUGCCACAGGAUGUCGAUGGGGAACUCCUGGACGAGCUUUCUUAUGCUCUUUUAACUGCUGUGUGGCCAGAUCACGAGCAGACAAUCCAAGGUAGUUCACCCGACACCACUUUCCACGAGGAUCGCGACCUCUGCUACCUCCGCCUCAUCUCUCUCCUCACAAAGCAUGACGAGUGGUGUCAACGCCUGAUCCGUGAUGGCCAUGUCGAGCGGUGCAUUUCUCUUGUUGACCAAGUCUAUUCACGGCAGGUUAACUCCGCCGGAUGCUACCUUCUCGUGAUCUUCGGACACAUGGAUCCCUCGGGCAAGCAUAUUCUUUUCAACCCUGCCGAGCACUGGUGGCGAGAACGCUUUCAAGAAACAUGGCAAGACGCACACUCUUAUAUGAGCCGCUACGUUGAUGGAAUAGAAGCCCUCGUGACAACGACGAGGCUGAAUUGUCUAGGGUCAGAUCAUGGUGUUUGGAGAGGGUGGUUAGCAGAUCUAGCGCAAGAGGUGCACGAGACUUUGGUCACACUGCAGCGGAGCCAAGCAACCCUGGUGAAUGAAUUCGGUGUAGCUCAGGCUACAGUUGACACUGCAACAUCCUCUGUGCAGGGCUUGUACGCCGAGCUAAGUCACAUGAUAGAGUACCAGAACACUUGA